CGACCUUUUAGUGAAAGCUAGUGAACGUGGAGUCAUGGAGAGACCACUAUAAUAUAGAUACAUUAGAAAUGUUUAUUGGAAAUUUAUAUUGCCUAUUGAGUGAUUGAAACUAGUCACUCGUGUUUAUUACGUUGCUCACGUUGUUUGUGCUGGUUUGGAUAGAAAAUGCUGCAAAAGCUGAUUCAUUUGCUGAUUUUGGUAAACUGUCUCAUUAAAGCUACAGGGGGCGAUAAAGAAGUUCUAACAAUCGGUGGGCUGUUUCCUAAUGUUGACAAAUUUACGAGUAAAUUCAGGGAAGCGUUAGUUGCUGCUGCUGAUAUUGCCGUCUAUGACGUCAAUAAUGCCCCGGAUGUAUUGCCCUCACACACUUUGGUCCUUCAGAAGAAAGCUACCGAGGGUAAGGAGGCCCAAACUGUAGAUGCCCUCUACGAGUAUCUGAACUAUGCCCAGUACAAUGGCAGCAUGAUUAUUGCAGUAGCUGGGCCUUUCUACUCCAACCCCACAAUUGCAAUUGCACCUUUAACAGGACGUUGGGGAAUUGUUCAGGUUGGAUAUGGCGCGACAUCUCCAAAAUUGGCUUACAGAAAAGGGAAUCCCUUCUUCUUUCGGACUAGUGGUUCCGAUGGCGCCUUCAAUUCGUUCCGGUUGAAAUUGUUGAACGAGUUUAACUGGAAGAAAGUGGCCACGUUGACACAACUCACGGAACCACUACUUACCGUAGGAAGUCGAAUGCAGUUGACUCUUGAUAACAAUAACAUCGAGGUAAUUGCCGCCAAAGAUUUUUACAACAUAUCUCACCUAAGCAAUGUUGUGAAAGAUAUCAACGAAAGUGACAGUCGAAUCAUAUUAGCCGAUUUAUUCACCUCCUCGCAGGUCCAGGCAUACUGUGAGGCAUACAAAUUAGAUAUGUAUGGGCCAAACUACCUAUGGAUUUCAGUAGGUCCCGAGUUUUCUAACUUAGACAAUAGUCUAGGAAAAGUCAAAGGGUGUACUAGUAAAGAGGUAAAAACAUCUGCAGAGGGAUCAUUUCUGUUGUAUCAUCAGACAUCACAUCUGGACAUGGAUCAGAAGACGGCACUGGGUUCCACACGAAAUGAGUUCUUCGCAAAAUUGAAAGAGAAAGUACCCGACUAUGACACCCUGUGGACGGCCAAUAUGUAUCUUGGCCAAGUGUAUGAUUCGGUUGUGGCAAUAGCUCUCGCUCUAGACGCAGUAGAAAAGGAUUCUAAGGGGAGCCUGGGGGCGUUUAAAUAUCAUGACAUUGAAAUGGCAACAAAAAUUAAAAACAAAAUGGAAGACCGUGCCUUUGAGGGAAUGUCGGGACCUAUUGAAUUUGAUGAAAAUGGCGAUAAGAUGUCAGUUAUGGAGUUGUAUCAAGUCGUAGAUGGGAAAAGAGUAGGAAAAGGUUCGAUGAAACUAGAUGAAAAUAAAAUCAAAUGGUACGACAACACGCAGAGUUUGUGGAAAUCAAAAUCCGGUAGGGCUCCGAAAGAUGGCGAUCAGGUGUCACGAAAUGUCAUGUUGAUAUCAAAGCCUCUACAUAUCGUGCUGUCGAUAAUAGCCGCCUUGACUACAGUCCUAGCCACAGUCUCAAUAGUCAUGGAGUGGACACAUAGAAAAGCAUUUGAAACUCCUUCAUACUCCAUGCAUGUGUUGAACGUGUGUAUGUGUCUAGGUGCCUUCUUCUUGUGUGUAGGUGUCAUCAGAGAUGGUUUCAGUAUUAAUAGCAUUUCAGACGCAAAUGGUCUUUAUAACUGUAAGGUGGUGAUCUGGUUAUAUUCAAUUGGCGCAACUUUGUUACUGUCUGCAAUGGUCGUGCGUAUGGGCUUAACUUAUACUAUUCACACAAAAAGUGUCUCUGAGAGACAGGCAGAGGCAGUGCCGCUAAUGAUAAUGAUUGGUUGUCUUUUACUUUCUUUUAUCAUCGUCGGCACCUGGAUUCACAUGGAUCCACUCACAUUACGGCAAGAAACAAAAUAUGAAAAGUACGACAUUGUGACGGAAACGAUCCAACAAGACGUCUGUUUUCGCUGUUCCUCUUCCAAACAAUACUACAUCCUGAUGGGCAUGUUCUUCUACCUUGGAAUCUUGCUCUUCUUUGCAUCAUUCUUUUCAUGGCCGGCAAUAAUAUCCUCAAAGAACUACUUCAGCGAUGUGAAUUACCUCGCUAUAUCGGUUUUCGUGUGUCUGUUCUUGAGUGUAGUAGGGGCGCCACUGUCGGUCCUGGUAACAAUAAAUCCUACUGUCACAUAUGGUGUGUCUGGUGGUUUCAUACUUGCUGGUAGUUUAGCGACAGUCCUUUUAAAUAUCAUAGCAAAGGUUGUAAUACGGAAAGAACGGGUAAACAAACACAAGCUAACCUUCGCGGUGCAACCAUUGGGGGCAGUAAUCAACCCCAUAACGACACAUAAACAGUUUGGUGACACUGCAGGGACCGGACUUAUGGAGGCAUGAUAUGACACGAGCACAUGUUAUUUUUGAGUCAACGUUGUUCAUAUACUCACAUGUAUGAUUAACUUCCAUGUGUUCUUUUAUGUCAAUGUCACCUUGAACGAUUAGUUAGUGACAUUUAUAUGUAUGUUCAGUUGUGAACAUUAAUUGUGUCGUGGACAUGUCUCUGACCAUGGGAUAACGUGGUGGCGGCAUUGCUAUAUAUAGAAAAUAUAAAACGGAAGAGGGUGUAGUUACUGAGUGACUGACUCUUUUUUUGUAUCAGAUAUUUUUUUCACUUUUGCUCAGAUUGGGUAUCAGUGUAUACACAUUGAAGAAGCUAUACACAGGGACUAACUGUCGAUGUUUGA